AUGACGUCUGAAGAUAGUUGGACGCUCAAGGCUCCGUGGAUCUGGCUGCCAGGCUAUGUCGACACUGCCGAACAGUCUUCGCCAGGCCGCUUUGUGCUUUUCAGAAAGACGUUCACCCUACCAAAAAACGCAUUAUCUUCAACUGAGUGUCUGGUUCAUGUUUCAGCCGACAGCCGCUAUCGUUUGUUUGUCAAUGGUAUCAGCGUGAGCUUUGGGCCGUGCAAGAGCUAUCCCGAGCGCUGGUAUCUCGAGACCGUCGACAUCGCUCCGUAUCUUGUUGAGGGUGAAAACUGCAUCAGUGCGCGUGUGCUGCGAUACUCGCCUCUGAAGUAUGGCACGUCCUGUAUAGUGCGCACCAACAUGCCUGGCCUUAUGGUGUACGGACGCGUCGAGGAUAUUGAUAUAUCGACCGACCCAUCAUGGAAGUGCUAUGAGGACCGCUCUGUGACUAUUCUCUCUGCUGAUGAAUGGAACUAUUUGCUUGGUCCUCCAUUUUUAUCUAUCUAUGAGUCAGCCGACGCAUCCAAGGCUCCCGGUAAUUGGACGGAUGCCAGGUUUGACGACUCACAGUGGGCCCAUGCCAAGAAUCAGUCAACAAAUGUCAAAAUGUUGCCAGCUGUGCUUCCGUGGAAACUACAUCGACGGACAAUUCCAGUUCUUCCCGAGAUCCCGCGCAUAUUUGACGGAGCUGUGAAAGUAAGGGGAAAUACACAGAAAUCUGAGUGGGACAGUCUUCUCAAAUGCGGAGAACCUGUCAAAAUUGGAUCUGGGGAGUCGGUUACUGUCGAUAUCCAGUCGCUAGUACUGACGACUGGAUUUUUGGUAUUCCGAUGCAGCGGAGGAAAAGGAGCCAAGGUGCGCAUACUAUGUUCUGAAGCAUAUGAGAAAGAUCUCGGGAAGGACAAGUUCCCGUUCCCGGUUCCAAGAACAAAAGGCAACCGGGCGGAUCACGAGCAUGGAAGGCUAUAUGGAGUUGAGGAUUUCUUAGCCGUAGGAGGCUCAGAAGUAACUGUGUACGAGCCCUUCUGGUUUCGUACCUUCAGAUACAUCCAGUUGGAGAUCACCUGUGCUGAUUCAUCUAUUGAAAUCACCGACUUUUCUUAUCGUGAGACACACUACCCUCUCGAUAUCUCUUCCACUGUCGAACUGGAUGCUGAGCACGCAAAACUUUGGGAGAUCAGUCUGAACACGUUGAGAAACUGCAUGCACGAAACGUACGAGGAUUGUCCGUUUUAUGAGCAAAAUCAGUUUACCAUGGACGGUCGAGUCAACCUACUGUUCACCUAUCAGGUUUCAAGGGAUGAUCGGCUAGCUCGCAAGACACUCGAAGAGUUCAACGCAAGUCGCCGUCCCGAUGGGCUUCUUGAGACCAACGCCCCUUGUGCCUACAGAAUGAUUGUUAUCCCACAAUAUUCGCUUUAUUGGAUUAUGAUGGUUUACGACCACAUGAUGUACUUUGGUGAUGCAUCUUUAGUUAAACGAUAUGCCGGUACAAUUGACUCUAUAUUGAAUCACUUUGACUGUCUUCUAAACAAGCAAGGUCUUGUUGGUAGGUUUGACGAAGAAUCAUGGCCGUUUGUUGAUUGGGUCAAAGAGUGGAGCGGGACUGGCGAUAUCAAAACGGUAGCUGUCCCACCCAUCUACAACAAGACUGGUGUUGCAACCUAUAACAGUCUGAUCUAUUCUGUGGCUCUUCAGUAUGCAGCUGAGCUUUCGGACUUUAUCGGCCGAUCUGGAACAGCGGGCGAGUAUCGAGCACGUGCGCAGGCGUUGAACGAUGCUGUCAAUCAAUUUUGCUUUACUGGAGGGGUAUACAAUGACGGCCCAGGAACGGAAGACAAGAGUCAGCAUGCACAGAUCUUUGCCGUACUUUCAGGUGCGAUCUCGGGUGAUGAAGCGCGACGUUUGGUUGAGCGUGCACUUUCCGACUCGUCGUUUGCCAAGUGCUCUUACUCCAUGAUAUUCUACAUCUUUCGAGCGAUUGAGAAAGUCGGGCUGUACGAUGUGUUUUAUGAUCGUCUUUUGGAUCCGUGGCGUGAAAUGCUGGCCAAUAAUCUGACGACGUGGGCAGAAGAUAAUGUGUCUUGUCGAAGUGACUGUCAUCUGUGGAGUGCGGUUCCAAUCUACGAAAUUGUUGCCCAAUUAUUUGGACUCAGCCCUACUUGCCCUGGGUACAGUCUCUUGAGAAUUAAUCCUCGUAUGGAACUUUUUAAAUCAGCAAGAGGUUCGUUUUCUACGCACAAAGGGUCUGUUGAGAUUCGAUGGGACAGCAAUGAACUUCAUAUUAAAACGUCUUGGGACGCUGAAGUCGAAUUGAUUGUUUGCGGAAACAAGAAGCUCUGCACGAUUUUGGCUGGAAAUGCUUUCACGCUCAAGAGCACUGAUAUGUGA